UGCAAUGCAUGCUGGUAAAUGUAGUCACCGAAAGCGUCAAAAAUGGUGGAUGUUCAGCCUCCGCCUUUCAGAACUCUGGACGAUUUUCUGCUGGGUUCGGCCCGAUUCUCAGUGCCAGAUGUUCGUAACUUGGAUCGGUGGAAUAACCGAAUCAUUAACAACCUGCUGUAUUACCAGUCAAACUAUUUUGCCUUCGCCGUGGCAUUUUUGGUUGUAGUCGGGUAUUUCCAACCACUCCAGCUGAUCCUUGGGGCAACAGUUGUGAUCCUUCUGUUUUUGGGGUUUGUCUGGGCAGCUGAAAACAAGGCGGUAAUCCGACGAUUCCGGAGGAAUCAUCCAUCUCUCUCCGUAUCUGCAAUUUUGGGCUCCAGCUACCUUCUUCUGUCCGUUUUAGGAGGGGUAGCUGUUUUCCUCUUUGGCAUUGCCUUCCCCAUAUUAAUGAUCCUAAUCCAUGCUUCAGUAAGACUCAGAAGCCUUAAGAAUAAACUAGAGAAUAAGUUGGAAAGUAUAGGAUUGAAGAGGACUCCCAUGGGCCUGAUACUGGAAGCUCUGGGACAGGAACAAGAGGCUGGAUCAUAGCUGCGCUGACUACCUAACUGUGCUAUCGCUCACCCCUUCUUUCCUAUGAGCUUCUUACAUGUCCUUAAAAUGUAUAUGAAAACAGAUAUUGGCAAAACAUGUAUGGCAUAUUGUUAAAGUCUCUCAGAUAUGCAAGAGGGGUCCAAUGGACAGGAUUAAGUUUUAUGAUGCAGUUUAUGAAAAAUAGCAAAAAGUAUGAUUACAGGAUCAGGUGUUAAUAACUACAUUAGGUGUCCAAAUUAAAAACAAAAAACAGCAAUAUUAUGCCUUGUAAAUAGAUUGUAGGCUGAGUUAUUAAAUUUACAUUUACUAUUUGAGUAACAGUCUGUUAUUGCUUAAUUCUAUGGAUUUAAUUGUGCCUACACAUGUAUUCUGUCCCUAAGUAUGUUUGAUUAUGUGAAUUGUGAUGAAGGAUAUUUAAAGAGAUUGUCUUUUAUGCCAGUGCAUUACAUGACCAAAUAUUAUUUUUACAGUUUGUUUUGAGUUGUAUUGUAUUUUGUUUUAAACAAAAUAGUGCCAUAUGCCAUAUGGCCUGCCAUGAGUUGUGUUUGCAGUCUUACAAAGUGCCAAGGGUAAAUGCUUCCCUGUUAUAGCAACCCAAAUUUGUGACCAAGAAUAUUCAUUCUUUAUGUUUCCAUUUAUGUGAAUUUUGCAUCGCAAACUGACAUUGUUGGUGAAAAAAAUUUGAAGGAGAGAUACAAACUGUAGUCAGACAUAAAUUAUAUAAUAAACAGGGAUGAAUCUUAAUACAGAUUUGGUUGACUAAAUGUUCUGAGAAAUGUAACACUACAGAUAUUUAAUCUUUCUUUUAGUUAUUUAAUAUGUGUAAGAACAAAAACAUGAAGUUAUUUGUAUUUUCUGCAUAUUUAAUGUUUACAACAUCAGUUGCCUUGUAUUUUCAGGAAAUGCUCAUCCAUCGCAGUGCAUAAAUAAACUUUCAUAUAUCUGCA